AUGACAGUCAAGCUCUUCAAGAACGCCCUCUUCUUUACAGCGCAAGCCGAAGAGCUUGCGCCUGCCUCUCUCCUCAAGCAGGACUACUCGGACGCUUCGGCGAUAAAGGACCGCUUCGCAGAAUGCAUCGCAGUGCAGGACGGUAAGCUCGCCUACGUCGGCAGCCUCGCCAGCCUCCCCGCAGAGCUCGCCGAGAACGCAGAGAACAUCGACCUCGGCGGCGGCAAACUCGUGGUGCCCGGCUUCAUCGACGGCCACACGCACUUGCUCAACUUUGGCAACUCGCUCGACAAGAUCGACGUGGGCAAGUGCAAGAAUCUCGCCCAGAUCCAGCAAACCAUCAAAGCCGCCGCAGAGGCCAAGCCCGAUGCGCCACGCAUCCUCGCAAGCGUCUGGAUGCAGAACUCGACCGACGGCAAAGCGCUCGCGUCCUGGCUCGACGAGGUGGUGCCAGACCGUCCCGUCUACGUCGAGUCGUUUGAUCUCCACUCGCACUGGUGCAACACGGCAGCACUGCGCGAGCUUGGCAUCACCGACGACACGCCCAAUCCUGAAGGCGGCGAGAUCGUCCGCGACCCAGCCACGGGCAAAGCAUCGGGCCUGCUGCUCGAGAUGGCCAACAUCCUCUUUGUCUGGCCCAAGCUCGCCAACCUAGCAACCAAGGCCGAGCAGGAGACGAGCUUCCUCCGCGCGUGCGACUCGUACCACCAGAGCGGCUUCACCGGUGGCAUCGACAUGGCGCUCGACCCGCUCUCGCUCGACUGCAUCCUGCGCAUCAAGAAGAAGAUGAACGGCCGUCUGCCCAUCCGCGUUGCUGCGCACUGGCUGGUGCGCCCCGAAUCCGACCUGGAAGAAUGCCUCAAGCAGGUGCGCCACGCCCACGAACUCAGCCAGCAGCACAACGACGAGUGGUUCCGUGUAGUCGGCAUCAAGCUCGUCUGCGACGGCGUCAUCGACAGCUGCACGGCGGCGCUCAAGGAGCCCUACUACAACAAGACCAACGCCGAAGUCAUGUGGCCCCUGCCGCUGCUUUCGGCCACUGUCCAGUGUGCGGACUCGCUCGAUCUGCAGGUGGCCAUUCACGCCAUCGGCGAUCUUGCCGUCCACACGGCUGUGGAGGCCAUUGCAUCGCUCGGCGAACAGCUUGCAGCGAAGGGCGUCUCGAUCCGCGACAGGCGCCAUCGCAUCGAGCAUCUCGAGCUCACCGACCCCGAGGACGUAGAGAAGCUCGGCAGGCUCGGCAUCACCGCCAGCAUCCAGGGCGUGCACUGCGACCCAAGCAUCAUGGAGGGCUGGUGCAAGAACCUCGGCGACAAGUACAACGAAGGCCGAUGCUCGAGGGCGUUUGCCUUCCGAGAGUUUGUCGAGUCCGGCGCACCCAUCGCGCUCGGCUCCGACGCUCCGACGGCCCACCACUGGAUCCUGCCCAACUUGUACACUGCCGUCACGAGACGAUCGGGCCGCGAGCCCGAGAUGACCGAAAAGACGACGCCGCAAUUCGCGCUGCCACUGGCAAUGGCCGUCGCUGCUGCAACGUACGGUGCCGCCCACAGCUGCAAGGCUGAAUCGUGGUCCGGCACGCUCGAGAAGGGAAAGAGCGCCGACUUUGUCGUCCUCGACACGGACCUCUUCAGCGAGCACGGAGAGGGAGACAAGGAGCAGACCAUCCUCCGAACCAAGAUCCUCCAGACAUGGCUCACAGGCGAAAAAGUCUACCAACGCGCAUGA